CGGAAGAUUCGAAAAAUAUCCUGUUGCUAUCAAAUUGACAGCGGCUGUCAAUUGAGCGCUGCAGUUUGACAGCUCCGAAAGAGCGCCAUCGGAAACGGUUUCACACAUAAACAACACCCGGCGUUUGUGUGUGAUCGUUUCGUAAACAGAUCCUUGUUCAUCGUUCUCCCCAGCAGCCCUUUGGUAGAAGGCAAAGAGCUAACAAAGAUGAGUCGCUCGCUAAAUCUUAGCAAUUUUCCGCCCAGCGCGGACACCAUCGGAUUCUCGGCGCGCGAUCACUAUCCGGAUAUAGUGUUCAUGCGAGAAAUGUUGCACCCUCCAGGGCACAGCCGACGGACGGACAGUACGCGGGAUGUAAUGGUGCCGGUAACGGAAUCACUGCCCAAGCGCAUUCUGAGCAUCUUCAUGGAAAUCGGUUUCCUGGAAGCGCUCGGCGAGGCGGCACAAUCCGAAUCACGGAUCAUUUCCCGGGCUGCCACCUACCUGCAGCUGAUCGGCCGGCGGUUCAAGCAGUACUGGCAGUCGUACCCGUGCGACCAAUCGAUGGACCUCGUGGCGAAACACUCGCAAACGCGCAACUGGCACAAAAGCACGGUGCGCUGUAUGUGCUGGCAUCCGCAGUGCUUUAAGCUCGCCGUUGCCACCAUCGACGACACGGUUCGCAUCUACACGCGCAAACCGGGCGUAACGCCCAUUCUUCGCAGCAGUCUGCAGAAGGCAAUCACCUGUCUGGCGUGGAGACCGCACACGGGUGGCGAACUGGCCGUCGGUUGUCAGACGGGCGUGCUGAUCUGGAGCGUCGAUCCGACGAGCCAAAUCACGAGACCCCUGUCCCAGGCGGUACAUUUACAGCACGGACGCCAUCAACCGGUCACAGCGGUCAGCUGGAGCAGUACUGGUGAGUUGCUGGUGACUGCCAGCAUCAACGACACGCAUCUGCUCGUGUGGAACGUAGAUCAACAGCGGUGCGUUCCGAUGCAUCGCGUAAAGUUGCCCUGUGCGCUCGUUAGCUAUGCACCCCUCGGCUACAACAUGAUCGCCAGUACCAUCGGGAGAGAUUUCUACCUGUGUACCGUGCCACCGGAACGGGUUACGCGGGUAGGUUGGAGUACGGCCAACGGGUCGUUGCAAUCGUUCGCUUGGUCCCGGGACGAAAGGCAUCUACUGUUUGUCACAACGGACGAUAUGCAGCUGUUCUACAUGCGGCUAUCCGGUUUAAAAAGCGCAUCGUACGAGCUGGCCUUUCCGCUGGUGGAUCUGGACCAAAAAACCACCGACGACGGGCUAACGAUCGGUGGCAAAGCGCAGUCGAUCGCGUGGUGCCCCCAGGAUCGCUUCUUGGCCAUCUCCUUCAAAACCACGUCGGCCAUAGCCAUCUUCUUUACGAACCUGACAGGGCUGCAGAUCAACAUUGACCCGUACUGUCUUAUAUUCGGUGCCGGUGUCGAGUAUCCGUCGUGCAUGUGCUACCAGGAAAACUACCAGCAAGAAUACAACACGGACGCACAGUCCGUGCUAACGAUCGGCUGGUCCUCCGGUCGCAUCGAGUACUAUCCUUUGUAGUGUACGCGCCUGGCAUGACGAAGGGAAGGAAAGUUAUACUAAGUAAGUCCCAAUGAAUUGUUAAAUAUAUGAGCGAGAAGCAUUUUUUCUAU